AUGAACAUCACAAAAAACAACUUGAAAGCUUUUAAUCUAUUAAAAAAAAAUGAAAGAAAUGUAAAUGUGUUUAAAUAUAAAAACAAUUUUUACUUAAAACAUAAAGAAUUGAUCAAAUCAUGUGAAAAUCAAAAAAAUAAAGAGGGUAUAAUUUUAAAAAGUUAUUUAUUUAAAAAGGAGAAAGCCUAUUUAAAUGAAAAGGAUAUUGGAAAAAUUCUGAACAAGGUCAUAAAAAAAAAAAUAAAAAAUGAGUAUAUAUGGGAUAGUAUACAAAACUUACUUUUUAAAUUUCAUUUAAGGAAUAUAGAAGAAAAUAAUUGUAAUGAGAUUAAUGGACACAAUCAAAAUGUAAUUCCAACUAAUAAUCAACCAUCAUUUUUUUAUUAUAAUCAAAAAUUUGAUCACAUAAAUGUAUAUUUAUUAUCUAUAGCUAUUAAAACAUUAAAUAAAAGAAAUGCAUGUAUGUUUAAUUUUCUUUUUUCAUAUUUACACCAUUUCUAUUCAUCCAUAGAACCACGACAUUUUAUACAUAUAUUUCAUGUCUUAGUAAAAAAUACAUAUCGUAAUUUAAUAAAUGAAUCAAAGGGAAAUAACGACAAUGUAAAGUAUGAUAAUUGCACACAUUUGAGAAAAGAAAAUGGAGGAAAUAAUUAUAUGACCACUAUCAGGGAAAUAUAUCGAGAUAAAAUUAUAUGUUCAGAAAAAAAUUUAAUAGAAUUACUAACUAAAUAUUGUAUUGUAAAUAUAAAUUAUUUUUCUUAUAACGAUAUAGGUUUGAUAUGUGAAUCUCUUUGUUAUUUUUCCAUAAAGGACAACCCAUUUUCUGAAUAUUGGAAUGAUUUUCUUUUUUAUAUAUUCGAUUUAAAUAUAAAAGGAAAGGGGGAAAAUGGUGAAAUUCAUAUUAUAGAAAGCUCGAAACAAUGCGAAAAAUUAUGUACAAGCAAUAUUUUUUUAAAAAAUUAUGAACAUUCAGGAUUAUUUUUAGAAAAUAAAAAGUUAGCAUCAAAUUUUGAUAUGGAUGAUAAAUAUGUUGAAUUAAAUGGAAAGAAUGUACUAAGUAUACUUAAAUAUGUUUAUAAUUAUCAUAAUAUAUUUCCUGAUAUUAUAUAUAUAGGGACAAAAUUGAAACAUAUUUUAUUAAAAAAUAAUCUAGAUAUCACAUUACAUGAGUAUUCAGAAAUUUUAUAUUAUUUAAACUGUUUAAAUGAAUUAGAUUUAACAUUUUUGAAGGAAAAAACAAAUUUGUAUCAAUAUGAAUUGGAAUCCGAAUUGUUAAGUGCAUAUGAUAUAGAAUGUUUAUUAAAAAUAAGUCAGAUAUAUUUCUCUUAUUUUGUUAGUAUACCUUUUUUAAAUAUUUUUUUGAACAAUGUGCAUAAAAUAUCCACAGAAAAUAGUUUGAUAUUAUUAAAAUUGAUAUUAAAAUAUUAUGAGUGCAAUGUAUAUUAUCACAAAAUAUCAACACAAACAGUCGAACUUAAGAAUGGAUUGUCUUAUAAUGUAACGCAUAGCAAUAUAUCAAGUUACUGCUAUCAAAAAGGGAAAACAUAUUUUAUGGAUCAUAUGCCAUUAAACAACACACACUUUGAUUAUUCAUUUCGUGGAACUAUUCAAAAUAAAUAUAAUGAUGUUGUAAAUAAUAAUUAUAAAAUCAAAUUUAUUGAGGACGAUUUAUAUGAUGAAACAAACAGUUUUCGUGAUAACUCAAAUGAAAGUCAAAACUGCACAGAAAAUUUAAUUGAUUCAAAUGCAUAUAAUAAUAAAAAGAACCCAUAUUUUCAUAAUAAACUAACAAAUAAAUUAUUAAAAGGUGGAAGAAAAAAAAGAAAAAUAAACAAAAAUCAUGAUAAAGAUGACUUUUAUAGUGACAACAAUUUGAUAAGGAGCCUUUUUUUAUCCUUAUAUUCAACAUGCUCUGAAAUGAUAAAUACACUUUCAUACAAAGAAAUAUUUUUUUUAUGUGAUAUAUUAAAUAAAGAAAACUUUGUUCAUUAUGGUGUUAUUAAAGGAAUAUCCAAUAAAGUUGGUGAAGAUUUGAGCAAGUGGAAAUUAGCCAAUUUACAUGAGGACAAAAGUUACAUUGACAAAUACUAUGUCGAUUAUCUUGUUUUCGUGGCUUCAUUUAUUUGCGAUCACAAUAAUGAAGGAGAAAAUAUUAUAGAUUUUUUACUUGCCAUUUUUUUAAAUAAUAAAAAUGAUAAACAAAGUUUGGUACAAUCGAAACUUUAUUAUUAUUAUGCCUUUUAUUUGCUAAAUUUGAAAAUAGUGAACAAUAAAACAACAUCGAUUGAGCAUUUAAAUUUGGUGAUAAGAAAUGCUGCCCUAUUUAAUUAUUCCGACUUAUAUAAUAAUAUUUUGAUAUAUUUUUUAAAAAGUUGUAAAAAUAAUUAUAAAUAUAUUAUAAAGAACAGAAAACUUAAUUUCAAUGAAAAAAAAAAAAUACAAAAAAAAAAUUCUCAACCAUCCUCUAAAGAUGUUACAAUAAACAAUAUGUAUUAUUCAAAUGCUUAUAUUUUUAGUAUAAAAAGUUUUAAUAUAGAGAUGCUUAAAAUAUUUUUAUACUUGUGGAAUAUCAAUCAAUAUCGACCAGGUAGACGAUGUCUUGAUUUUAUAGUUAUGCUGAAUAAAUUUUAUGACGAUAUAAGUGUAAGAACAUAUAUUUGUUCAUAUAAUUUAAUUAAUAUGUUAAGUCGCUAUGUUCAUUUAUUGCAUAUUAAAAAAGAGGGAAGCAAAAAAAAAACAACAUCGAAUUAUAUUUUCUAUCUCAAUGAUCAAAUAAAAGGAGCUACAUUCCGUUUUAACUUAGAAAAUGUUUUCUCAUUAUUUAAUAAAGAAAAAAAGGACAGAAAUAUUUGUCUAGAAAAAAAGGUUUUUUUGCAAGAUGACGAUUCUGAUAAAGUUGAAAAAAUAAAAAAUAGUGAAAACUAUAUAUUGAAUGAUUAUAAGCAUAAAAAAAACAUUGUAACGAAAAAGGAGAUAAAAAACGCAAAACCGGCUAAGUAUUUCAAAAAUUGUAAAAAAGGGCAGCCAGUUGACCAUUUUCUAUCGAUGUAUGUAAAUGAACAUUCGAACUCUCAAUAA